GAGGGUGGAAUUCCCGGCAUGCCUCUUGGGUCAGUGCCCGGCCGAUGGCUAAGAUGGCGACUCCCAUGCAUCGUUUGAUUGCUCGGAGACAAGCGGAGGCAAAUAAACAGCAUGUAAGGUGUCAGAAAUGUUUGGAAUUUGGACACUGGACAUAUGAAUGUACAGGGAAAAGAAAAUAUCUGCAUAGACCAUCACGAACAGCAGAAUUUAAAAAAGCACUUAAAGAAAAAGAGAACCAGCUACUACAACAAAGCUCUGGUGAAUGUACUACAGACAGGAAGAACAAGAAAAAAAGGUCUAAAAGUGUGACAAGUUCCAGCAGCAGCAGCAUCACCUCAGCUAGUGAGUCUUCAUCGGAUAGUGAUGACUCCUCCUCCUCCUCGUCAGAUGACAGUGAUAGUGAUGAAAGCACAUCCAGUUCUUCAUCUUCUCCAUCAUCCAGUAGUUCUUCUAGUUCUUCUGACUUUGAAACAGAGUCAAGUUCUUCCAGCAGCAGCAGCAGCAGCAGCACAGACAGCAGCACAGAUGAUGAACCACCAAAGAAAAAGAAGAAGAACAACUUAGUGCGAUGCUAGGACUAUGGUGGCAUUAAAUAAUAACUCACAUCGGAAAUGCAUAAUGGCCAAACUAAACUAACCGGUUGUCUGUUUUUACAGUUGUAAAACGGUAUGUGUUUUUACAUAGUAGUUGAUAGGCCAUAAGCUGUUAAAUGGCAAGUAAUACUUACUGAAAGAGUAUUUUUGUGGAUUACUGUUUAAUAGGGAAUGCUACCUUUUUUCUUAAUUUUUAAAGAAAUCUAAUAUUUAUAUGAAUUAAGGUCCAGUCAUCCUGAUGUUUACAUGCCAGAAAGCAGAAUAUAUUUUCUGAAUCAUCCUGUGUUACAGUCAUACAGCAAUCCUGUGUUUACAUCAGUUUUAUAGUCUAAGUAAGAUGGAAGGAGAAUAUGAAAUUUGAUUUCAGAUGGCUAAGAUACCAAAAGCCAUAUUUAAUGUCCCUCCUCAGUUACAGAGAAAACAACAUUGCAUUUUGUACAGAAAAAGCAAGCUUGUUUGAAAAAGUAAAAAAAAAAUAGUUCAAUAUUGUAGUCAAUUAAUAGUUCAGUAUCAAAUUUAUAUUAAUUGGAUUCUUUUGUGAUUGGUAUCUUAUUACCGAUCUUAUUACCAUCUCAGUCCAGUAGGAUUGUUGAGCCUAUUGAAACCAGACUCUUGUCUCAAUUGCCCUUCUAGACUUGCAAAAAUGACGCUAGGUAGAGAUCUUCACAUUGUACCUAAGAGUAUGUAUCUUACUACAAUUAAACUCAUUCUCUCUAAAGUCUUGUAGCAAGCCCUCCUGUAACAUUAGGUUUUGAUUGACUGCCAUGUACAACUUCCUUUUGCUCUUUUGUUAGAGUAACUGCUGGCUAAUUCCUUCUACUUACACAGUACACAAACUUGAGGAAGAGGAUAUGAUAGCUGGGGGAAGAGAAAGGUAAGAUCUAUUCCCUCAUUCACUCUUCCAGGCAAAGAAAACUUCAUUACAGUAUUCUACUGUGUUCCCAGUAGAAAUAGAUACUAAUACUAUAAACAAGAAGUGGCCAAAAGGAACACAAAUAGUUUAUGCUAUAGUUUCAAAAUUAAAAAUUAAUUAUUUCCAGUUUAGAGGAGGUUAGAGAAAGGGUUUUGGGUACUUCCUGACUCCUUCUAGUCUUAUAAUUUAUUUUCAUAUUUUUCUUCCUUUCAGAGAAAGGGGUGUGUUUAAAUUUACUCUCAUGUAAAGCAUUAGCUUGGCAACUGGUCACUGGAUAAACAUUUCAGCCCAGAAAUCCUUGGAAGACUUCAUGCUAUGUUUUACAUUUGGCAAAAAAUCUAAAAUAUUUCCAGCUAACCAUGAGUUAACAGUGUUUCUGUUCUUUUAAGCCUCUGUUUUUGACUUUUGCCAUUUAUUAACUGUCCCACCCCCCUCCUGCCCAAAAUCCUUGAGCUGUUAUGGUUGUAAUUUAGUGGAAUGUAAAAGUCAUUGGUAACCAGAGUGAAUACUUUUCCAGAUCAUUUUAAGUUGUCUCUUUAAAUGCCGAAUCCUUGUUUAUGAUGAUAUGUAACGAUUUCAGAAUAAAUUCUUAGCGUUAUAUUACAGGUUUUAAAAAGAGCAUACUUCUGUUUGUUACAGAUUGGAAAGGGAACACAAUGACACUGAAAAGCAGAGUAAAGAAAUAUCCAAAAAGUAGCAUUUUCUAAAAUAGAAAGUUAUAACAUUUAAUUCAAAAAUCAAUCAAUAAUCGUGGGCAUUCCCUUGCAAAAAGCAUGUAAGCCAGAGAUGAUAAACUUAUCUCACUCAAGGCAACACUGAUUUCAGUUGACGAUGCUGUAACUAAAAGUCGAUAGGACCGUUUUACUUCAAGUUUGCUGCUUCCAAAUUACCUUUCUGGAGGCAGAUCAACACAUCCUUUCCCUCCUGUUGUAAUUAAACUCUUUAAGCUGUCUUUGUUAAUAUCAAAACUGUUCUUAAUUGUGCAAAUUUUAGGUUAGUCUUAUUUCUGAUCAGCACUUGACACAGGUGGAUGUUUUUUCUCUGCUUCUUCCAGCCCUCUUGAAGGAAGGAGAUCUUGGAUUGAACCUGAAGGCCAUGUGGGAGACCCUCAUCCCUCUGAAUAUGGCUUGGAUAGAGGUUCUCCAUGUUCAAAUUUAAACACAGGAUGAAUAGCAAAUUGCUCCUUAAAUCAGAGGGAAAUCUUGAGGGAGUAGCCUGCUGUAUGAGAACAUAUGGCAGCAACAGUACUAUUAUUAUUUUUUUUAGCAACACUUGUUUCUGCACUUUUGUCAUUCUUUAAAUAGUGGCUUAACAUUUGUUGUAAUAGCAAUUUUUCUUCUCAUCCAAAUCUAAGUGAUUUAGUGUACCCAAUGUCCUCCUCUUAUCUACAAGGCUAGGGUACUCCUUUUCACAUGGUUUGGAACAGAACCAUGAUCCUCUGUCCACUGAAAGAGAAACAGCACUAUCCAGUACUAACAAAGACCACCUUUAGUUUUGUAAUAAAAAUCCUUGCAGGCAGCUACAUACAUGUCUCUCUCCACCAUGCAUCAGAAUCUUUGAAACAAGGCCAAAUGCUUUGAUCUUUUUAAUCAGACCUGUUCAAGCUUAAAGACUUCCCUUUAAGCUGUUUUUGCACUGUGCAUGGAGAGUAGUCUUCAUUGCUGCAACUGAAACAUUUCAUCUUUGUGCCUUUCCCUAAUAUUAAAUAUGCCCUGAAACCAUUGCAAAAUGGAAGAGUUUGAGGUGUUUGCUUUGUUGUCUGCACGCUAUUUUGGGCACCAAAAAAAUUAUUAUACAAAUACUUACAAUGAGAAAACUAUUUAUUUUCAGUGGAGCUGGAUAAAAAAAGAUGUCGUUAAAUAUUCCCCCUUGUGAUAUUUUUGCAUAAAAAUUAUUAGCUUAUGACAUGCAUUUGAUUAAUCUGGUCAUAUUCUAAUUUAGUGUCACUUAUUUUAAAAUGUUUAUUUUUUGCAAAGCACAAGUUAUAUAUAAUGAAAGAAUGGAAGAUGCAUAUUAUGAAAGAUUGCAGUCCAUUUUUUGUAGGUUACAGAAAAGAAAUAACAGGUUAUUGUGAUGAAUUAUAGCUAUUGGCAGUAAUCAUUAAUCAAUAGUUUCUUUUUAAUUUCUUUUUUGAUGGGAGUCUUUUUAUGAGGAAUAUGUGGGAAGGGACAUCUUAAAUAUCCUAGUCUAGUUAAAGUAUGAAUCAACGAUUGAACUAUUUUUUUAUA